AUGUAUAAAAUUAUAAUUUAUGCAGAAAUAUCUAAAGAAUCUUUAUAUUGUCUUUUAAUACAAUUCAGUCCUAUAAAAAGCAUAAAAUAUAAAAAAUAUUUUGUAAUAGAAUAUUUUAAUAAAAAAGAUAUGAAAUAUUCAUUAGAAAUGAUCGGUGAGAUUAAACUAUUUGAUAAAUAUAUUAAAUAUAAAAUAUUAGAUGAUAAAUGUGUGUAUAUUGUACCUGAUACUACUUAUUUAGAAGUAUUUGAUAAAUUUAAAUGUAAAAAAGUAGAUCAGAAAAUAAUAUUUGAGAGUGAAGAGAAAAUGAAAGAAGUAAUAAAAAUUAUAGAAGAAGAAUAUGUUAAUUAUAAGAAAAUUAAAUAUAAAAUAUUUAUUUAA